AAACAAUGAUGGAGCAAGGACUAUAAAUUGCAUCAAAUUACAGUGUGGAAAAUUCUUGUUUCGGUCUUCACUUCGUAAUUGUCUGAGAAAAAUUGAAUUUGACCUUCUUAGUUCUCACGCCAUAGAAGAACUGUAACUGGAAGGAGGGAUCUUGGAAUUACCUUCAGGAUGUCUUCUCCUGCUGAAUACUAUGCGUCCCUUCCGCCUGUAACCAAGCUCUUUGGGACGGUCUGUUUUGCUUGUACUGUGAUAUGCCAGUUGGGGAUAUUGAGCCCUUACCACUUUGCCUACUUUCCUCAAUUAGUGUUCUACCAUUUUGAGAUCUACAGGCUUAUCACUCCCCUAUUUUUUCUGGGGAAAUUCUCCAUUAAUUUUGGCAUCCGUCUCUUAAUGAUAGCUAGAUAUGGAGUACAACUUGAGUCUGGACCUUUUAAUGGACGCACUGCCGAUUUCUUGUGGAUGAUGAUAUUUGGAGCCUUCUCAUUAUUGGUUUUAGCUGCUAUCCCUCCCCUCCAGUCACCUUUUUUGGGGAUUUCGUUGGUCUUCAUGCUGGUUUACGUGUGGAGCAGAGAGUUCCCUAAUGCCAGUGUCAAUAUUUAUGGCCUCGUAAAUUUUAAGGGAUUUUAUUUGCCAUGGGCCAUGCUGUUUUUAGAUGUUAUUUUUGGCUCCCCAAUCAUGCAAGAUCUGCUAGGUCUUGUAGCUGGACAUCUGUUCUACUUCUUUACUGUUUUGCAUCCGCUUUCUACUGGGAAAAAUUUUCUGAAGACUCCACAAUGGGUGUAUCCUUUUUAUUUUCUGUUGGUGAAAUGAAUAUUAUUUGUGUUUCCGUAGAACCUUUACCUCCACACGCAGACACAUAUACAGCCUUUCUCUCUCUCUUACUCAAAUACUCUUAAAAUCCUUACUGCAGAGACUCAGCCUAUCAGCCAUUAGUGAGUGUAGAAAACAUCAGUUUGCACCUUUGAUUAUUAGGCUUGCUGUCGGCUGUAGAAUCGAUCCUGCAAUAUCUGUUCCACUAGUUCUAGAAUUUCUUCUCUCCAUAAUCAUUCUAUUAUUAUUUUCUUGGUUCUCCCGUGUGGUUUUCUUUAACUGAUGUUGAACAGACACAAAAUAGUGCGGCGAUCCAAAUACUUUAAUCCAGGGCGGAACAAUGUUCGUGAGGAAAGGGCAGGUUCUGUUUUCACUGGUAGAGCUCGUCGUGUUGGUGACAGGUGAGGAUCAGAGACAUGGACUUCAUACAACAUACAAUUAACUGGAUGACUUCAGUGGCCCGUGGUUAUUACUGUUCGUUGAGAAAUGAGGGCGAUGGCGCUGUCCGGAGAGAAGUUAGGUGCUUAGAUAACACCGUUGAUGUGAAUCAGCGAUACAGCAUAGGAUUUACUGCACCGGAUGCAUAAUAUGUUUACUUGUCUUGUACUUACUGAUGUGAACUUACACAAUUACAUUCAGUUUCCGGAAGGGUUGCAUUGUAGAAAAUUUGUAAGAAUGUUACACGAUAUGAAUGAUUAGCUUGAUUCAGAAAGGUCAAGGCAAUGCUUUCGUUUAUUGUAUGCGCAACUGGAAAUACCACACAUAUAGAGCUCAUUACUCAUUAGUGAUGGCUACUGGACAAUUUCAGC